AUGAUCGGAAAGCAACACAUGGAAGCACAGAAAAAUAUUUCUUCCGUUCCUGUCUCUGAAUUCUUCCUCAUAUGUUUCCCUAACUACCAGACCUGGCAGCAUUGGCUGUCCCUGCUCAGCCUCCUCUUCCUCCUGGCCAUGGGGGCCAAUGCCACCCUUCUCAUCACAAUCAGGAUGGAGGCCUCUCUGCAUGAGCCCAUGUACUACCUGCUCAGCCUUCUUUCUCUUCUGGACAUUGUGCUCUGCCUCACUGUCAUACCUAAGGUCCUGGCCAUCUUCUGGUUUGACGACAAAUCCAUAAGCUUCUCUGCCUGCUUCCUCCAGAUGUUUGUCAUGAACAGUUUCCUGAUGAUGGAGUCCUGCACCUUCAUGGUCAUGGCCUAUGACCGCUAUGUGGCCAUCUGCAAGCCUCUGCAGUACCCAUCCAUCAUCACUGACCAAUUUGUGGCUAGGGCUGCCAUCUUUGUGGCAGCCCGGAAUGGGAUUCUUACUAUGCCUAUCCCUGUACUUUCUUCCCAACUGAGAUACUGUGCAAGAACAAUCAAGAACUGCAUCUGUACCAAUCUGUCCGUGUCCAAACUCUCUUGUGAUGACAUCACUUUUAACAAGCUCUACCAGUUUGUCGUAGGCUGGACCCUGCUGGGUUCUGACCUCAUCCUCAUUAUUCUUUCUUAUUCUUUCAUCCUGAAGGCUGUGCUGAGGAUCAAAGCUGAGGGAGCUAUGGCCAAAGCUUUAGGCACAUGUGGUUCCCACUUUAUCCUCAUCCUCUUCUUCAGCACAGUCUUGCUGGUGCUGGUCAUCACUAACCUGGCCAGGGAGAGGAUUCCCCCGGAUAUCCCUAUCCUGCUCAACGUCUUGCAUCACCUCAUCCCCCCAGCUCUGAACCCCAUUGUUUAUGGAGUAAGAACGAGGGAGAUCAAGCAGGGAAUAUGGAACCUGCUUAGGAGGUUGUAA